AUGGCUGCUGCCAGCAGCAACGCCGAAGCAAUGGCUAAGAGCAGCGCAUUGGCCGCUCCGCCUGCCUUCUCCAUAUUCUUGUCCCCCCUGACCUUGAGGCUACGGGACAUCUCCUCCUUCCAGCUGCCACGUCUCACCUCCUCUUCCUCUUCUAACAAUGCUUCGUCGUCUUCCGCUAUCUCGCUCUUCGACUCCUAUGAGACUGAGCUCCUGGCUGCGCUCUCAGAAUGCGCUACUCUCGUCGAGGAAGGACAAUACCUCGUAGAGGACCUCUGUCAGGAGGUGGCCUUUGAGCAAGGAGGAAGAGAACAGGUCCAGAUGAUUCAGGGCGAAUGGAGGAGAGUCAGGGAGCAAUUCGAUAACGCAACCGUCUCCUCAAGAGCUGCCUUGCUCCAAGGCCGUAAGACGCUGGCAGAGCGCAAGGAGAAGGGCCUGCUCAUCAGUGGGAGAGGUCAGAAUGGGCACGCGACGGGAGACACAUCGCCAGUGAACUACGCGACUGCUGCUGCUGCUGCUGCCAGCAAGAGUAAACGCCAGAAAUCUCAGUCAAACAAGAGAGGCGCCGCUGGUGGCGACGAAUCCCUCCUAGCCUCAGAAGACCUCACUUCGGCUCUCCGUCAGACGGUCGGUCUGCUGUCGGACUCCUUGACCCAGUCCGCCUUCUCCGCCGAGCUCCUCGAAGAGUCAACAAAUUCCCUCUCCACCCUCUCCUUCGACUAUGCAACCUUUUCCGACCUAGUCAAGAACUCCGGGGGAAUUCUGAAGAGCAUGGAGAGACAGGACAAGAUCGACGCCCUCAUGCUAUUGGGCGCUUAUCUCUUCUUUGCAUUCUGCGUCGGCUAUAUUCUGAAGGUCAGGAUAUGGGACAGGGGCGUGAGCUUCUUUGCCUUUCUCUUCAGGCUGGUCGGCCUAGGUGGGCUGAGGGGAGGAGCCGAUGUUAAGCAAAAGCUGCAACUGGCAAAGGAGGCGGCGAAGAGCGUAGCGGAGAAGUCGCCCACGGCGAGCAAAGCCGCUGCAGAGGUAGCGGCUGCUGUUUCAACCACUCUGGCCGGAGCAGUCACCACUGCUUUCAAUGGAGCGCAAAAGGCAAAUGAAGAGGCCGCAGCGGCGGCAGUAGCGGCCUCAACAGCAGCAGCAGUUCCUCAGAAGGAAAGAAGUUGGGAGAAGUCUGCUAGGCUGCCCAAAGAAGAGGCCAUAGUGGAUGGAGGAGCGGACGAUAUCCACAUCAAUAUUGAGGAUCGGCCGACGAUUCUGGAAGAGGUGGAGGAGCUGGCCUCCCCUCCUAGCAACGAGGUCCAGGAUCAGGACAAGGUGACCGACGUGGGCGGUGAUGAGGAGGCGGAGGAGGAGCAGCAAAAAGACGAAAGGCAGGAGAACACUGAGCAGGAUGAAGAGGCUGAUGGGGAAAAGGUCUUCUAUGAGGCGGAAGAGCCGCAGGAGCAGCUGCAUGACGAGCUGUAA